AUGUAUUAUUCUAUGUUUGAUUCAAUAAAAAAAAGAAUAAAAAUAAAAAAAAUAAAAAAAAGUGUGAUAUUUAUCUUAGGACAUUUAACCAAAAGUACUGGAGAGAGGAAUUUCAAAUGUGAUGUUUGUCUUAAGACAUUUAACCGAAAGUGUAGGCUUGAAACACAUUCUAAGAUACAUACUGGAGAGAGGAAUUUCAAGUGUAAUAUUUGUCUUAAGACAUUUAACAAUAAAUACUACCUAGUAACACAUUCUAAGAUACAUACUGGUGAAAAUAAUUUCAAAUGUGUUGUUUGUAGUAAAACGUUCAUCAGAAAAUCUCAACUUAGGGAACAUGGUGUAGCUCAUACUGGAGAAAAAAUAUUCAAAUGUGAUAUUUGGCUUAAGGUAGGCUUUCAAUGGCUAUUGCAAAGUCAGAUCGCCCAUCCUAAAUCCUGCUCUCGUGUGAGCUCUCGGUGGACGAGGAUCAUUAUUAUAUAUACAUCAGAAAGUAACUCUCCCAUUCAUUGCUAUCCCGGGUGGCUCAGGGGUAUCAUGCUCGGCUUCCAGGCGGGAUUCGGGUUCGAGUUCCGCCGUGACAAUUUCAUUUUUAUUAUUUUGGAACCAUUAUGUAUUUUUGAUACUUUUUAAAUGACUCAUUAUUAUAUUUAUUAGUUUUAGGCCUUUAUAUGGCAAUAUAAUCAGUCAAUAUACUUAUAUAGCUAGCCAAUAUACUUGUAUACACGGGAAUAACAUAUUUAAUUAUUUAUUAAAUCAAUUUUUCUCAAGAUCCGGUCUGUAAAUUUUCCCAAAUAUUUUUAUAAAUACAUUUGUUGUCCCAUAGAAUGAUAUCAAUUUUUAAAGAAAAUCUGAAUUGUGGGAUUUUUUAAAAAAGCAAAGUAAAACAUGUUUUUCAGAAAUUACUAAACCAAUCUUUCUAAUUUUUACAUAUAUUGUUAAACAUCAGUGUAUCUUUUAACAAGGAAAUCUGAACUGUAGAAAAAAGCUGAUACAUUGUGAGGUACUACCUUAAGUCAUUUAAGCACACAUCUCAUUCAAGUGUGAUAACUGUCCAAAGGCUUUUAUUACAAAGUCUGACCUUAAAAAACAAGUCUGUUUAACGACAUUACUCAAAAAGUAAGCCUCACAUAGCAUUAAAAGAUCCGUACUGGUGAAAAGAAUUUCAAAUGUGAUGUUUGUAGUAAAACAUUCAUCAGCAAGUCUCAACUUAGGGAACAUUAUUUGAUGCAUUCUUGAUAGAAGAAUUUCAAAUGUGAUGUUUGUCUAAAGACAUUUUAACACAAACAUAACCUUGUCAAAUAUGUGGCAACCCAGGGUGUUGGGUAGCGUGGUCCUGGGUUACCCAGCUAUCAAGUAUCUGGAUUUUUAAUGGUCUAGCUUGAUAAUAGAUUGUAAAAUAUAUGGGAAUGGGGGUCUUUUCAAACACUGAUCUAUAUCCACACUCACUUUACACAAUCAUUCAACACAACAGAGAAUGUAAUGGGAAAUUAUAUAAAAUGAAUAUAAUUCAACUCUAUUUCAAAAUAUAUACAUGUGUUUGGUUACACAAUUCUACAUAGAUUUACCGUCAGUUAUGCAAAACAACAGAAAGUAACGUUCUUUUCAGUCAAAUACACUUAUGAAAUUCAGUGUAUCUAGGAAAUUCAAUGCAAACUAUAACGUAACUUGAUAACCGUAAUUCUGCCUGCCAGUUUUCCUCACUUGGUAAAAUGACCUGUCUAAUUAGUUCAAUACAGGCAAAAGGGGGGUUGUAUCGUCAUCAUAAAAACAAUACAAGAUAAAUUCUUAGAAGGGUUCUGUACUGGCUAAAAUAGCCAGAUACGCAUCAAUACAAUGAGUACAGGCAUGUAUCUCCUGUUCGGGAUAGUAAUCUUGAUCAAAUGUUCAGAAGGUGU